AUGCUAUUGAAAAACUAUGUGAAUCCAUAGUAUUAUGAAAAUUUGAGAAGGUUUAAAUACAGUGGCCAGAAUCUUUCAAUUUUAUAUAAUUGGUUUUUGGGGGAUAUGGCUUAAUGGGUGGUUGACUAAUUACCAACAACAGUUGCUCCAAAUCUUAUCACAAUAACAGGAUUCUGCAAUUUAUUAACAUCUUUUGCUUUGAUAUUCAUAUUGAAUCCCAUGUUCGAUUAAGAUUUACCAUAAUGGGCAAGUUUGUAUAUAGCCUGGACAAUUUUUGUAUAUUAAACAUUAGACAAUGCUGAUGGGAAACAAGCCAGAAGAACAAAAUAAUCUACUGCAUUGGGAAUGUUAAUGGAUCACGGCAGCGAUUGUACUGCUACUUGGAUUGCUGGCUUAUUGUAUAUUAAUGCUUUCAAAAUUGCAUUUACUCCAUUCAAUAUGUUAACCGCAAUUGGAGUAAGUUUCUUAGGAUUUUACUUUGGGGUUUAUUGUCAAUAACACACAGGAGUAUUUUAGUUAGGCGUAAUUAAUGGAGUUGAUGAAGGAUUGCCAACAUUAUAAUUCUUUUUUGUAUUAACUGCAUUCGUGUCGUCAUAAUUUUGGCUAAAUGAAAUUUAACUUACAAGCACAAUUUCAAUUCAAUAUAAUACAUUCUUGCUUGCAAUUACAAUUUUUGGAUGUAUUGCUACCAUCAUUUAAUUUUGUUAUCCUGUAUUCAAGAAGAUGAAUUGGAAUAUUUUGAAAAUUGUAAGUAGUCUCUCAUUACCUAUUACUUUAAUGAUAACAUUCAUUAGUUUAAUCUAUCUAUCGCCAACUGCUGUGUUAUCAAGAUGGUUCCAUAUUUAUGUUUUGACUAUUGGAUUGUAAUGGUCAAAAAUGAUUAACCUAUGGCAAUUGGCAAUCAUCACUAAAGAAACUUUCAGUUAAUUUUCAUUAUCUUGGGCUAUAACUUUGGGGUCAAUUAUGUUGAAUUUGAUAAGCUAAUUUUUUACUCAGGAUGGUCUUUGCUAUAUUGAUGAGGUCAAAUUGAUCUUUGCCUUAUUAGUAUUCUCAGGAUUAUCAUAUUUACAUUGCGUAACAAGUAUCGUUUACUAAUUAUGUAACAUUCUUGACAUAAAUGCAUUCAGCAUCAAAUCCCCAUGA